AGGCCGUGGUGAGCAGCGGCCGCGUGGAGAAGUCCCCCCACGAGCAGGAGAUCAAGUUCUUCGCCAAGAUCCUGCUGCCCCUCAUCAACCAGUACUUCCACAACCACUGCCUCUACUUCCUGUCCACCCCGGCCAAGGUGCUGGGCAGCGGCGGCCACGCGUCCAACAAGGAGAAGGAGAUGAUCACCAGUCUCUUCUGCAAGCUGGCCGCCCUGGUCCGUCACCGCGUCUCCCUCUUCGGCACCGACGCGCCGGCCGUCGUCAACUGCCUGCACAUCCUGGCCCGCUCGCUGGACGCCAGGACGGUGAUGAAGUCGGGCCCCGAGAUCGUCAAGGCCGGGCUGCGCUCGUUCUUCGAGAGCGCCUCCGAGGACAUCGAGAAGAUGGUGGAGAACCUCAAGCUGGGCAAGGUGACGCAGAGCCGCACGCAGGUCAAGGGGGUGGCCCAGAACAUCAACUACACCACGGUGGCCCUGCUGCCCGUGCUCACCUCCCUGUUCGAGCACAUCGCCCAGCACCACUUCGGGGACGACGUGAUCCCCAAUGCCCCUCAACGUCCCCAGUUCCUUAGCGUUCCCAGUGCCCCCCAGCUCUGGGCCACCUCCACAUCCUCGAUACCCUCCCCUUACGCCCACGUCCCGCAUGCCCCUCGCUUGCCCCAGCUUUGGGGUCCCCCGGCACUCCCCUUCGGGGUGUCCCCACGGCGCUAGCCCCGUGUCCCCGCAGUCCUGGGGCUGCCCAGCCGGGUGGAGGAGAUGUGCCCGGACAUCCCGGACCUGGAGCGCCUCAUGCGGGACAUCGGGGGCCUGGCGGAGUCGGGCGCCCGCUACACCGAGAUGCCCCACGUCAUCGAGGUGACGCUGCCCAUGCUCUGCAACUACCUGCCGCGCUGGUGGGAGCGCGGCCCCGACACGCUGCCCCAGGGGCCCUGGGCCACCGCGGUCACCGCGCAGCACCUCAACGCCCUCCUGGGCAACAUCCUGCGCAUCGUGGUCAACAACCUGGGCAUCGACGAGGCCUCCUGGAUGAAGCGUCUGGCAGUGUUCGCCCAGCCCAUCGUGAGCAAGGCGAAACCGGAGCUGCUCCGCUCCCACUUCAUCCCCACCAUGGAGAAGCUGAAGAAGCGGGCGGGAAAGGUGGUGUCCGAGGAGGAGCAGCUCCGCAUGGAGGCCAAGGCGGAGGCCGAGGACUCGGAGCUGCUCAUCCGCGACGAGUUCUCCGUGCUCUGCCGCGACCUCUACGCGCUCUACCCGCUGCUCAUCCGCUACGUGGACAACAGCCGGGCCAAGUGGCUGACGGAGCCCAACGCGGACGCGGAGGAGCUUUUCCGCAUGGUCGGGGAGGUCUUCAUCUACUGGUCCAAGUCCCAUAACUUCAAGCGCGAGGAGCAGAACUUCGUGGUGCAGAACGAGAUCAACAACAUGUCCUUCCUGACGGCCGACAGCAAGAGCAAGAUGGCCAAGGGGGGCGGCUCGGAGCAGGAGAGGACUAAGAAGAAGCGCCGGGGCGACCGCUACUCCAUCCACACGUCCCUCAUCGUGGCCACCCUCAAGAAGAUGCUGCCCAUCGGCCUCAACAUGUGCUCGCCCACCGACCAGGAGCUCAUCAGCCUGGCCAAGACCCGCUACGCGCUGAAAGACACGGACGAGGAGGUGCGGGAGUUCCUGCACAACAACCUGCACCUGCAGGGCAAGUGCGAGAACUCCUCGUCCAUGCGGUGGCAGAUGGCCCUGUACCGCGAGAUGGCCGGGAAGGCCGAGGACUCGGACAGCCCCGACAAGAUUGUCCGUAGGGUGCAGGAGGUGUCGGCCGUGCUCUACCACCUGGAGCAGACGGAGCACCCCUACAAGUCCAAGAAGGCCGUGUGGCACAAGCUGCUGUCCAAGCAGCGCCGGCGCGCCGUGGUGGCCUGCUUCCGCAUGACGCCCCUCUACAACCUGCCCAGGCACCGGGCCUGCAACAUGUUCCUGGAGGCCUACAAGCUGCUGUGGCUGGUGACCGAGGAGCACCCCUUCGAGGACCGCAUGAUCGACGACCUGUCCAAGCCGGGCGAGGAGGAGGAGGAGGAGGAAGAGGAGCCGGACAAGAAGCCGGACCCGCUGCACCAGCUCAUCCUGCACUUCAGCCGGACGGCGCUGACGGAGAAGAGAUCCCCUGAGGACCCUUUGGAGGACACUGGGGACCCCUUGGAAGGCUCUGGAGGCCACUGGGAGCCUCCUUGGCCCAACCGAAUCCCCUGA